AUGGCUUCGGCAUCCCUGUCCAUACCAAUCGCCUUUUGGACUAGGAACAUAUCGGCCGCAACCAUAUCUUCGACACUCGCGCGUGGAGACUAUGUGGUUUCUGGUCUCGAAGACGGCCUUAUUUGGGUCUUCAAAGCGGCUUGUGGUCCGUCUGACACGUCCUCGACCCCGCACACUUCUGCCAAUUUAGUCAUGCUGGAACCCUACACGUUACUUAUAGGGCACAGCUGUCGCAUAACGGCACUCGAGGCUAUGCUCGUGGAAGGCGACAACAAUUCGACAAGCGAGUGGAUUCUCAUAAGCGCUUCUGAAGACGGGGAAGUCAAGAAGUGGAACCUGGCAGAUGGUCGCUGCCUGCAGUCUAACUCAAACGCAUUCAUCGGCGUUCCGGAAUACCUUGGCGUGUUCUUUUCUGUGGGAAAGUCAGGAUCAGGUCCCAAGUUUAUUGUUUGCGCCGGUGCCUCGAACGAGGCCUGUAUUCUGGAUUCAACUUCAUUGGAGGUUGUCCGAGUUUGGGGCGGGCACUUGGAUUGGGUUUAUUGCACGUCCUUACUAGGAGAUGACCAACAUCAGAGUAGAAUUCUCUCAGUGUCGGCUGACUGCAAGCUAUCUAUGUGGAUCUUUGACACCUCCAGCCUAGCAGUCGUCAAGUCUAAGGUUUACGAUAUUUGUACAGAUACACACGAUAGCAUUGUAUCGCUCGUCGCCUGUCGAUAUAACGCUUCAUGGGUCGUGUUGGUCACGAGAAGUUCUGCACAGAUCGUUUGCAUACAAGCUCAAAGGAAAACAUGUUAUGUGAUUCCAUGUCCCGAGAAUGAGUCGCUAGCGGGUGCGGAAUUUAUUUGUGCAGGCAAUGUUGUUGUAUGGACGCAGUCGGGUCGCGUCUUAAUGUAUUCCAUUGCGGAAUUUGACCAAAAGGGCGAUCACUCUUCAGCAGAUGAUUCAUCGAGCUCCGUUCUAGAACCAAGUGCCAAAACAUUGGCGUCCACCGAUCCAGUACAAGUCUGUGAUAUGCAAUUCUGCUCAGGAUAUCUCCCUCAUUUGCUUGUCUUCGAAAACAAGGCGAGAUCAUAUCUCUUGAGCCUUCGAAAUGGACGCAAAGACAUCAAUUACACGAGUGUCAAGUUGGGAGACUUGAACUCAAGACAUCCUCACGUCCAAGACUAUGAUAUACAGAAGGCAUGCAUUCAAUGGAGUGCCACCGGUGAUGACACCUUUCCGACGCCCAUUGUGACUUAUUCAGUGAUGCUCAACGACACUCUGGUCGCAUUGGGCUGUAAUUCCGGAGAUAUUUGGGUGACGACCAUCGACGAGGCGCUGUCACUGCUAUCUACAGGAUUUGCUUCUGAGCCAUCGAAGGAGACACAGAUUUUGAGAGGACAUAUUGGCUCAAUCACUACUAUUUUUACUUCAGACGACUUGAUGCAACGGUCUUUCUUACUUACUGGAGGCAGUGAUUGCUCUGCAAGGAUAUGGAAUAUCGGGUCCAGUACCGAGGUCGCGUGUUUUAACAACCAUAGCCGACCGGUAGCCCACUUCCUGCAAGUCCCAGAGGAGGUGAACUCUAGAAUCAGGAGAAGCGUGGUAUCGAUUGCGGAGGAUCAGUCUGUUGCCAUUAUCUCGAUAGAGGAGAUGAGCUGUAUCUACCUCUUUGGUGGCUAUGAACACAAUCUGUUAUCUCUUCAGUGGAGACCCUCGGAAGAUUACAUUGUGUUGUCGCACGCCGAUGGAACGGCCUUUGUGUGGCAGAUGCAAACUGGACAUUUAGACCGGAUCGUUAGAGGAGAAACGGCACGCGAACUUAUGAUGGAUGCCCGCUGGGGCGUUUGUGAGGUGUCCCACGUUCGGCCUCACUCGUCCAAACUGGCGUUCGACUGCACGAUCGUGCCUCUGUCUAGCUCUGUGGGUGUUCAGACAAUCUUGGUCAACUUAAAGCACAUCCUCAGUGUGCUAUCGCAGGCCCGUCCUGGAGAUCAGCAACUGGACCAGCCUACAGUCUCGGAGGCCGGCAACGUUUCCCAGCGCCAGAGAAUACUCAAUGGGCAAUCCAAGACAUCUUCUAAAGUAAGACCGGUCUUUAAUGACCAACCAUCACCUCUGCCGGACAAAGUGAAGCAAUGCUUGAAAGCUGCCAAGGCCAUUUUGAGUCUCCUCAUCACGGAAGACGAUGCUCAUGCAAUCUCGAUAAGGAAUUUGCUUGGUUUGUCGCAACCAGUUCGAUCUAUCGCGCUGGGAAUGAGAGGUGCCUACGGAAACAUCUCUUUACAGGCACCACCUAAAAAUGCGAAUAUGAGCGAAUCGUGGUCAGUAUCUCCUACUCUGACAGCCUCCAAACUCAUCGCCAUUUUGGCCUUGAGUAAGGUUAUUGCCGCGGUACAGAAUCUGGAUGUCGAUAUGGAUACUUGGUCUCGAGGAUACUGCUGCGCCGUCCAGGAUACUGCUGGGUCAAAUUUUUGUCCGCCUUCCCUCUCAUAUCUCGCCAAGUAUUGGCAGGACCCUCAAGGCGAGUUUUUCGAAGUCCAAGAGGCGACCAAGAUCAUUAUGCUCUCCGCUAUUGGGCGAAUUUCCAAAACAGAAGUCGCUUCCCUCGUCAAGUAUUGGUCAGCAUUCUUACCUGCCGCUGCCUUGCCAGAUACGUGUUCCAGUCAGUUUAUGGCGCGCUCAGCCAUCAUUCUCGGGAUUCUUGGUGCCGAAAACCCGGAAGCGUUACAGGAAAGAGUCAAAAAAUUGGUUGCUCUGUCGCUCACAAUACUCCUAAAUGAUGACUCGCGUGUGUCUUAUAAGAUUGCUUCGAUCGACUUACUUGCCCAAGGGUUUGCAACAUGGCAACCCUUCAUACGUGCGGACGCGGUGCUCAAUACACUCUUUGGCAUGGCGAUGGACACUCUGCCUGGCAACCCCCUGGUUUGUCGCAGGGCACGUAGGGCCAUAGCCCAGAUCGCGAUAAUCAACCCGGCUCUUUUUGUCGCGACACUGACACAGGAGAUCGUAGAUGCCAAGAAGCCAGCAGAUCGGAUUGGCCUACUCAAAUUAAUCUCCAUAUUCUCUCGCAAGAAUCCCGCUGUGCUUUACCACGGUAUACCCAGGAUAGCGGAAGCCAUUGUGAAGUCGCUCGACCCAGUGGUGCCUCAAGUCAGGGACCUGUCAUUGCCCGUUGCAACGUCAGUCAUGAUGGACCUAGUGCAAUCAUUCCCGCAGCUAGAUUUCCAUAUUGGUUCGCAAAAGCUAGCAGUCGGAACGCCAGAAGGGGCUAUCAUCGUCUACGAUUUGCAGACCGCAACUCGCUGGCAGAUCCUCGAGGGCCACAGCAAGGCUGUAUCUGCAGUUUCGUUUUCCCGCGAUGGCAAAACCAUUGUAUCCUGCUCUAUCCGGGAGGGCACUGUCCGAUUUUGGCAUCCCAACCCUGGAUUCUUUGGCAUGCUUAUAGGCGGGAACAGUCUGUGGGGAAGCUCGAAAUCGAUUUCCUCUUCUUCUAACCAAGGACACUCCCAAAGCCACCACGGCAACAUUCCAUCGCUGUCAUCACAGCAUUCGAGUCGCACUUUCGACUUUGCUCUUCAAAACUCUAUCGUCACAGGGUCCGAGGAAUCCAUGAUAGGCCAUAUUCGCUUCGAAUGGACUGGUGAUCGGGUCGUCAAGCUGACUGUAUACGAUCACAUCAUGUCGUUCAACAUUUAA